UCAUUGUGUUAUUAGGUAAUGGCAAGGAUAAAUGGGAAGAAAAAGGAUGUUCCAUCUUCUUCGCGUAGCAAUCAUGUUGGGAAGCGCAACUAUGGGGGUGCCAGAAAUAGAGCUUCACCAGCAAGACUUGUCAAAUUGUACAAAACUAUGUCACCUGAGCAGCAAAACAUGAUAGAAGGCAUUGGGUUUGGUGGGUUGCUUAACAUCGGAACCAAUGUGUUACCUGUUGAUCUAACAAAGUGGGUGAUAAGUACCUUCCAAUCCGAAACAAGUGAACUUGUGAUACCUGGGAGAGGGAGGGUGAGUGUUGCAGCUGAAACAGUUCACAAGAUUUUCGGUCUGCCAAGGGGAGGGAAUAAGGUGAUCUAUGACUUCGAUGUUGAAGCCAUCAAUUUCAUUCAUGAGGAAUACCAAAUUGAUGAUGGUGUGGCACCUCAGAUCAAAACAAUUGUGAAAAGACUAAAAGACAAUAAGAAUGCAGAUGAGGAUUACCUUAGGUCCUGGCUUAUGUUGGCUGUGUCCACAUUCUUGUGCCCAACCACUUGUUUGUUCAUUAGCCCAAAGUGUUAUCCUGCCUUGCGCGAUUUAUCAAAAGUCAAGGAGCUUAAUUGGUGCCAGUUUGUGGUUGAUUCAUUGAAAACUUCUGUACAUGAAAUGCAGACCAGGAAUUCUGUUAAGGGUUGCCUCUUAUUUCUUGUGGUAUUGUACCUUGACUCAUUGGCUGUUCCAAAUGUUCAAAUUCCUGGUGGUCUUCCAAGAGUUGCAGCUUGGAAGAAGCCACUGAUUGACAAGGUUAUCAAACUUGAUACUAAUAUAGACGGCACCUUCGGGAAACUAAAAAUGGAAGACAUUGAGAGAUUUGUUGCAUCAAAGGUCAAACCAAGUCUCUCAUCUCAGAAAAAGAGGAUGCUAUCUCAUGCUGUCAGCAAAGUUUGUAUAGGUAUCAUAGAGCUUGUGGGAAACUUCCCAGGAAAGGUCUCUGAAAUAAUUGAAGGAGACAAUCCCAUUGAUCAAAGUGAAACAACACUUAGAAGAUCUAAGCGGACAAAAAUCAGUGAAGAAGAUAAAGAUAAUGUUGACGAAACAUCUUUGGAUUCUGAUUAUGAAGAGGAAGAAGAAUAUAACGACGAAGAUUAUGAAUCAAGCCAAGACAAUGUGAGUGAUGAGGAGGAGCAGGAUUCAGGUGCAGAUAAAGGCAAAGAUGUAGAAGAUGAAGAAUUGGGUCAGGAGGGAAACCCAGCUAAUGAUGAUAGAGAAAAAGAACCAGAUGACAGUGAAGGUAAUGAAGAGAUUGAAGUUCCACUUGUACGGAGAUCAAGGAGGAGCAAGGUUAUGGAAUCAGGGCACAUUGAGCCUCAUAAGGAGCAGAUUGAAGUUCCACCUGUCCUUGUUCAAAUGGAGCCAAGCCUCAGAAGGAUAUGGAAUCAGGGCACAGUGAGCAUCAACGAUAAUGCUGAAGCCUGUCCUCAACCUAUAGCUGUCAUCCCUAAUAAAAAUGCAACCAGCGAAGAUGUGAGAGUUGAUUACAAAGGUAAAGGACUUGCAAAGAGCAGGUGGCCAAAGUUGAAGCUGCCCGAAACAACUGGAACUUCAUCAAACAUUGCUACAAGUAACUCAUGGGAUUUCUCGCCCCCCGAUUGCAACAUUAUGAAGUUCAUUGACAGUGGUUCGCAACAAGGUGAAGCUGCAGUUCAUUUUAUAGAGAAAGGUUGCAUGGCAGACUGUACCGAGGAAGUUCCUGAAGCAAAAGGCCUUCCACUUGAACAAGGCUCCGCUACACAUAGCUGGUUAGAUGAUUUAUCUUCUGAGGAGCUAGAUAAGCUUUUACAAGAUGCUGAAAGGCAGAGAAAAGUUCGAAUAGAUGAGUCUUGUUCAAGGAACAUGAACUUUCAUGACAAAUCGGUAGCAAGCAUUGAAAAAAACAUUGAAUUGUCACUAAUUGAAGACCUUCAAGGCAGAACCCCAGCACCAAGUGUUCAUGAACCUCCUAGUGGAGCAAGCAUUUCUGGUACAGUUACGUUUGAACUUCAGCCAAAGAGGAUGUACAAGGUGCCAGCUGCAUUGCGGUCUCCAUAUAUUGAUUACAGCAGCAAGAAUACUUUCAAGUGCAGUAAGGAGAUAUGCAUGGUAUACAAUGUUGUGUGCCGAGCCUGCGGAAGGUCUACAAGGUCCAGCCAAAGUUCCAGCCCAGAAAACCUUAUUAUCAUCAACUACUUCGCCUACUUCGUUAGUUUGGCUCAUCUUUCAGAGUCUGUUAGACCAAAGGGGAAGCUACUGAACACUGUUGCCGAAAUUGGAAUCUAUGCACUGAAUAAUUUCAAUAGAAGGAACCACAUAAAACGAAUACUGCCAUUAAGAGUUGCUCAAUACUACUGUAGUAGUAUUACAACUGCAGUAGUAUUGCUAAAACCAGUACCUAAAAAGCUAAUACAACUGCAGUAG